AUGACGGUCUCCGGGCUCACAGCCCCGGGGAGUAGCACGUAUUCUUCGAAUACGCUGCAUGUAGGAGAUGGGACAUGGGACACUGAACGCGACACAUUCUUGCUGCCCAAUCUUAUGGGUGUAAAUUUCGAGACGAUGCGAUACAAUGGCAUGGGGAAUCGAUUUAAAAACAUGAGCGGAUACCACUCGAUGAUUAUCGCGCAUGGUGUGAUUGCGGCCAUCGUUUUCUUAGGCCUCGUUCCAAUGGCAUCCCUCAUCAUCCGAUACUACUCCCGAUGGAAUCCGUAUUGGGCAUUUAAACUUCACGCUUGGUUCCAGGUUUUGACAUUGCUCUUGACGACGGUUGUUUUCGUGUUGGGUUGGUUUGCCGUUGGUCCAGAGAGAAGUUUGACCAACCCGCACCAUGGAAUUGGUCUGGCAAUCUAUGUCAUGGUCAUUUUCCAAGCACUAUGGGGCUGGUUCGUACACAAGGUGGAAAGAAACAAGAUGCGACAUCGCGUUCCAUUAAAGCUGGUGCUACACCGAUGGCUCGGUCGAGCGCUCGCCAUUUUAGGAAUUGUGCAGAUUCCUUUGGGUCUGACAUUGUAUGGCUCCCCCAAGGUCUUGUUCAUUUUGUUCGCACUAGCUGCUUUCGCAUACCUGCUAGUGUUUUUCAUCCUGUCCUACUUGUAUGACGAUGAAGGAUAUCAUGUUCCAAGUGAACACGGUGGCAGUCGCUUAAGUCACAGUCAAUACACAGGGCCAUCUGUUGUCGAAGAGCAACACCAUGGUGGCAUGGGAGAAGCUCUUGCUGCCGGCGGAAUGGCUGCAGCGCUGGCGUCGAUGUUCAAACGCCGUCCAAACCGCCAGACAAGCCACGCAUAUGAAGAAUCGCGCACAUCUUAUUCGGAUGAGAAAUAUUCCGACGUUACCAGGAAAGAAAGUGGUGGCUGGGGUAAAAAGCUUCUGGAAAUUGGGGCAUUGGCUGGUGCUGGUCUGCUUGCGAAAAAAUGGUGGGACCGUCGAAAGGAUCGCAGAGAUGAUGCCGAGUCAGGACGAUAUAGCCCAGCCCAUUCGCGCACUGACAGCUUCUCUGAAGAGUCCCUCAGUCGACUAGAAGAUGGUAGACCGGAGCCUAGUCACCGAACACCCCUCAACCGUCCCCCAAGCCGACCACCCAGCAGACCACAAAGCCCUGGCUCUUCGUACUAUUACAACAGUACCUAUCUUACCGAGACUGAAAGACGCCCAUCUCACGGUAUCCGAGAUGCUCUGCUUGGUGCAGGCGCUUUCGCUGGGCUGAAGAAGUUUUUUGGCGGUCGUCGCAACAAGGAUGACGAAGAAAAGAGACGACUAGACGACAUCCGUCGCCAAGAGGAUGAGGAUGAGCGAAUCCAGCGAGUCAACAGCAAACGACGACCGAAUAAUCCCCCAGGGCCCGGCCCUUACCCGUCACGACGCCGUCCAAGCUCAUACACCGAGAGUGACCUCACACCAACCGAACUGACUCCCCGACCUCCUCGACAGCCGUCCCACGGGUCUCUCCUUACAGCCGAGCCCAUCGCAUCUGGGGCUAUAAACGACCCUGCUCCCUCAGAUUUACCCCCUCCCAGGCCUCCAAUUCAUCAUGAACUCUCCGGUGACUCGAGGUCGGAGCUACCACCCUCUAAUGACGGAACCGAGCUCGCAGCUGGAUUUUCAGCAGGAGCGGCCGGCGCCGCCGCUGCCGCAAGCCGUCAUCGUCAUAGCCGGAGCAACAGCCGCAGCCAAAGCCGAAAUAGACGUCGUGAUGACCAUGUCGAGUCUCCACCAGUCUCCGUGAAAGUCAAAAUGCACAACGAUGGCCGCCAUGUCACCCUCCGUCGCCUUACAGAAGAAGAAGCUGCCGCAAGCCGCGAAGCGAGACGCCGAGAGCGACGAAACUCAAGACGUCGUGCAGGCAGCGCCAGUUCCCUCUCUGGUGAUGAGCGGAGCCAAGAUCGCUGGCGCCGCGUCGAAGAACUGGAGCGACGACAAGAGGAGCAAACACGGCUGCAAAUGGCUGCUGCGGGCCCUGUAUCCCUAGCACCAUCGGGCAGUAUGCCAGCAUCCUCGUUCCCUCCCCCAUCUCAAGUUAGCCAAAUGCCACCUCCACCUCCUAUCCCAGGCCCAGCACCUUCUGGACUGGCCUAUGGCAGUGUAACCUCCCCUGGUACAUGGACUGGUACCGAAGCCAGCGGGUCAUAUGCCAAUAAUCGCCGACGCCGACGUGCAGAGCGAGCCCGAACACGAGAAAAGCAGCAGCAACAUGGAGUGGAGUUUGAGUAA